AUGGCGGUUCCAGAAAAGCGAUGCCCUCCCCUUGCCAUGCCAUCAAAUGGAGGGUUUAAGUGUGUCGAUGGUGCCUACUUCAACUCUCGCUGUGAGUACUAUUGCUCACCGGGAUAUACAUUGAAAGGGGAGCGGACAGUCACGUGUAUGGACACCAAGACCUGGAGUGGCCCACCAGCCUCCUGUGUGGAUGUGGAACCUCCGAGAAUCAAGUGCCCAAGUGUGAAAGAACGUAUUGCUGAACCAAAUAAGCUGACAGUCCGGGUGUCCUGGGAAACCCCAGAGGGGAGAGAUACAGCAGAUGGUAUUCUUACUGAUGUUAUUCUAAAAGGCCUCCCUCCAGGCUCGAAUUUUCCAGAAGGGGACCACAAGAUUGAAUACACAGUCCAUGACAGAGCUGAGAACAAGGGCACCUGCAAGUUCCGAGUGAAAGUAAGAGUCAGACGCUGUGGCAAACUCAAUGCCCCAGACAAUGGUUACAUGAAGUGUUCCAGCGAUGGUGACAACUACGGAGCUACCUGUGAAUUCUCCUGUAUUGGUGGCUAUGAACUUCAGGGUAGUCCUGCCCGGGUUUGCCAAUCCAAUCUGGCUUGGUCUGGCACGGAGCCCAGCUGUGCAGCAAUGAAUGUCAAUGUUGGUGUCAGAACAGCAGCGGCACUCCUGGAUCAGUUUUACGAGAAAAGGAGACUUCUCAUUGUGUCCACACCCACAGCUCGAAACAUCCUCUACAGACUGCAGUUGGGGAUGCUGCAGCAAGCACAGUGUGGCCUGGAUCUUCGGCAUGUCACAGUGGUGGAGCUGGUAGGAGUGUUCCCGACCCUCAUUGGCAGGAUCAGAGCAAAGAUUAUGCCUCCAGCUCUAGCUCUGCAGCUCAGGCUGUUGCUUCGAAUCCCACUCUACUCCUUCAGCAUGGUGCUAGUGGAUAAGCAUGGAACGGACAAAGAACGCUAUGUCUCCCUAGUGACACCAAUGGCUCUCUUCAACCUCAUUGACACUUUCCCCUUGAGAAAAGAAGAGAUGAUCCUACAAGCUGAGAUGGGCCAGACUUGCAAUACCUGAUGUGAUGUUACAUUCUUGGUGGUUCCUCAUCUCUUUUUACGUAGUGCCCUGCCUUACAUAGUGAGUGCCUUUUACCUGGGAAGGCCUUAAAAAUAUCCUUGAUGUACAGAUUUUCAUUUGUAAUUUUUAAAGUCUAUUUUAUUAUGUGCUUUCUUGGCCCUUAAAAAUUGGCACAAUGUUUUUUUAACCUUGAAAUGUUUCAAAGUAUUGGAAUAUAUUUACUCUUUCUAACUCUCCCUUUAGUCUGGUAUUAGAAACUACAAUCGCACACAUACUCUCAGCGUAUUAUUCGUUG